AUGUCCAACGUCUACACCUACCAACAAAUCGCCGAACACAACUCUGCCGAAGAUAUCUGGAUUGUCGUCGAUGGCAAGGUCUACGAUGUCACCAAAUUUUUGGACGAGCAUCCAGGUGGUGACGAGAUCAUUCUCGAUCUAGCCGGACAGGAUGCUAGCGAUCCGUUCAGAGACAUUGGCCAUUCCGAAGAGGCUUUGAAAGUUUUGAACGGUUUGUGUGUCGGCAGAGUCGACAUCAACAGCAAGCCAGUCGAAGUUGAUACUCCAGAGACGUCUGCUCAGGGCAGCCACACUACUGGAGGCGAAGGAAGUGGUAAACUGGUCAUUGCAUGUGCCAUCGUGUUCUUUGUCGUCGCUUACUACUUUGCCAACAACUUGUGA